AUGAUGCCGAGAUCCGUUCAACACUGGCAACACUGGCCGGGGGGAAUCCCCACUUGCAUCCAACCACACCCAGAACCAGAUCUGUCUUGGGAUCAAAUCAAAGAGGAAGUUAAGGGCUGGCUACUUUUUGUGCAGGAAAAUUGGGUGUCUGCAGUAAACGCAGGUUCCUCCGACGAGCACUAUGAGUUAAACCACCGGCGGGAACUAGUAGAAAAAUGGGCUUCGGCUACACAGGAAUUUCGUGAUGCAUACCAAUCACAUGCACCUAUAAGUCUUCCAGGCACAGAGGGGCUAGGUCUUGAAUACCCAGCUAAAGCCUUAGAACGUCUCUACGAAACUUCCCAGCUAAGCGACAGCAAGACUUUGAUUUGUCUCGCCCCUGUUGAUGAGAAACAUGCUACCAAUCGGGCGCGAUGGGUGAAAUUCGCCAUCCUAUUAUACAACUAUGAUAUCGAGACUGGCCACUGUCUACUCGAUGCUUAUAUGCCGUCGGAGGCGAUCCUUAAUCCAGAAACCACUACCGAUCCUUCAGUGGAGGAUUAUCUGCCCUGGACGGACCUUGAGACCGCCAAGUUCGGGUCUAUCUUUCUCACACAGACUGGUACAGUGCUCUAUUGCGGUUAUUACGGCCCAUAUAUGUUGGUUGAUGCACUAGGCCUGCAAAGUGGGCGUCUAACAAUUGUCACCUAUGAAACCAACGGGACCGUGAGAGAUUCCGUUGACGUCCGCCCAUUUAAUAUGAAAUCGCCGUACUUAUACGCAUGUGUUAACUGGAAAAGUUUUGACAAUGUCAAACAUACUGAUGGUGCUUAUAGAUACCAAAAUCUGCCACUUAAUAUGGACCUACCGAUUAUCGAUAUCCUCUGUCAAGCUAAGGACGUUAACCAGCUUCCAAAGUCAAUGGCAUUAUGUGACCGAGAGCAGUGGAUAAGUGAUGUUGAGCUCUAUGCCCCGGGCUACUUGGCUCUCGAGGCCGAAGGGCGCGGUGGAGAGUACCCCCUAUCCAAUCUCACUACACCAGCCUCCAUCGAGUCAAUUCAGAAGCAGGUUAUGAUCAAUGUGCAAGACCCUAGUUUCACACACCCUGACUUCUCUUUCAUCACUCCGGGUCGGUUUCCAUGA